GCCAGCAGAGCCGUACUUCACCACCACCAUCCCCUGUCGCACCGCACCGGCGAAGCCGCCCCAGGUGGUCGUGCCAGCCGCACCCCGGCUGCAAACCUCGAGCACAGGUGACGCGGAUUCCCCGCCCGAAACCUCGAGCACUGCGUCCGCCGCCUCUGCCAUGGGCGCAGCCACGCAGGGCUUGCUCGCCGCCUCUGCCCGCCAGUUGUUCGACGAAAUGCCGAGCCCGGAAUGCGGAAAGUUCAAUCCGUUGCAGCAGGAAGAGUGAACCACGUGUAGAAGGCUCCGGUCGAGAUGAGCAAUCCCUACGAGUGCUGCAACAGCAAGGCGAAGUUCAUCUUGCAGAUGCAUGGUAACUUCAAAGACAACAUGGCCGUACCAGACCGCCUCGUGGACCAUUUCGGAGGAAAGAUCUCUGGGACCAUCAAACUAGAAGCCCCUACUAGUCAGAUAUUUGAUGUUGGAGUUGCCAAGAAGACGAACAAAAUGAUCCUACAGUCUGGAUGGGAGGCGUUUGUUGAUGCCAAUCAGAUGCAAGAGAACUAUUUCUUGGUGUUUCGACACCUUGGUAUGUCCUGCUUCAAGGUUACCGUAUUUGAUUCCCAUGGUGAGGAGAAAAUCUCGUCCCGUGCUGGGACGAAAAAUCCUACCCAUGAUGAGAACCCAUGCGCAUAUUGUGCCAAAAUAUCGAGCAGUUCCCCGGAUGAUGCUUCAGAUUCAGAUGGAUGUUGUAGAAAACCAGGAAAGAAGCCUGCAGCAAAAUAUCCAUCUUCUGAUGAAUUGUCAGCUGACGAUAGUGGGUCCGAAAGCGAGUCUAUGGAGUCUGAUGAUUUUCAGGGGCUCUCAAAUGAUUAUGUCUUAGCAGGGCGAUGCCAUCUUACAGAAGAACAAGAGGCUGAAAUCAAUAUUUUAGUCGCAGAACUUCGACCUGAAAUCCCUCCGCUUGUGGUAAUGAUGAAGAAGACCAAUGUGAACAACUAUCUGAUAAUAUCCAAGGAUUAUGCACGCGCACACUUUCCACAUAAAACUCAAUUCAUCUCACUCAAGCUGCCUGGGAAGAGCAAAGCUUGGUCAUGCAAAUUCUUCACCGGACCUGAUGGAAGUGGAGGCAGGCUUUCAUUGCGUGAAUUUGUCCGUGACAGUCGUGUAAAGGAGGGCGAUCUCUGCCUUUUUCAACCGAUGACAGAGGUUGAGUCAACAAGGUUCACCUUUAUGGUCCAUCUGCUUCACAAAGCUGGAAGAACUGACAUCAGCUCAAUGCACGGAGAAGACAGUCCAUCUGAAUAUGGAUCUAUCCGGUCGGAUGACCAGGAGACUUCCUCAGAGGUUCGCUAUAUCUUGCCAAGCAGGUGCCAACUCGAUGAAGAAGAUGAGGUGGGAAUAGAUGCUCUUGUUGCAAAAAUUCAACCUGAAAUUCCUUUGCUAGUGGUUCAAAUGAAGAAGAGCAAUGUCAAUGGACCACAAGCUACUUUGGUCAUUUCAAAGGGUUAUGCAGAUGCACAUUUUCCUAGUGAAAGCCAAACAAUCACACUUAGACUCGCGGGAGGGAAGAAGUGGCAUCCCCAUUUCCAUGUCAGACCGGACAACAGAGGAUAUGUCCUUAAUGGGCGGUGGUUUGAGUUUGUCCGUGACAAUCAUCUGCAUGAGGAGGACAUCUGCCUCCUUCAACCGAUCAAUAAAAGCGAGGGGAGAAGAUUCACGGUGAUGGUGCAUCUGCUUCCCAAAGCAAGAAGCACUAGAAGAUCCAAGGGUGGAGAUGCUGUCCCUGGCUCAAAUAAGAAAGCCUCAACAUCCUGUGUUAAGGACGAGCUAGUUGAUGGGCCGUCAGAUGAUUCUAACAGAUCAGGGUACGUGGUACUAGGCUGUUUAACCACGGCACAGGAGAAGAUAGUUGCAGAGAAGGUCAAGGCCAUCCAAUCUCCAGCGCCCGUUUAUGUGGUGUACAUGGAUAAAAGCAACUUGAGUACUGCCCUAGACUUGGGCACCACGGGAAAUGCUGCUGCAGAUAGACAUCUUCCAGAUGGGAAACAGAUCCUGACGCUCCGUCAAGCUGGGCGGAGCAAGGCAUGGCAUGUCAAGAUGCGCCACAGGCGGAUGAUCCCGGAAGGAGGGUGGCACGAGUUCGUAGGUGACAACCGCCUGCACGCCGGAGAUAUCUGCCUGCUGGAGCCGGUGAAGAACGAGAGGCUUGCCAUGGCAUUCCACAUCAUUCGCAUUGAACAGCAUGGAUAGCUCUUUUCCAGUGAGACACUGAACGCUGGCGACCUGAUGAUUUAUACGGACUGCUCUUUUUCUGGUGGUACUUUGGUGAUGGUUAUGUAAUUCUCGGAGAGUGAAAAAACUAUGCAUGGGUGUGGCAGCUUUACAUUUUUUAUUUCUUGGUGGUCCUUUUGUCUCCAAAACAUCAGCUCAAGUUAAUGGGUGUAACAGUUUGGAGAUAACAGUCUUUUGCCCAAGUAAUUUGUUUCUGCA